UUCCAUCAAACCGAGAGAGUCCAGUGCACUCCAAUAUCUGUAUGAGAAAUGGCCAAACUCCUGACCGUGUUUAUCCUACAGCUGCUUAUAGGAACCUUCAGACUGUGUCUCCUUCAGAGAACUUUGGCUGACCUCAGAUCUGUCCAUCCUGGAGAAAACAUCACCCUGCACUGUGACAUCACUGCAGAUUAUGAGAUAUCAUGGUACCACCAGAGCUCAGAGACGAUGAAGCUGAAGAUGUUGGUAACUGCUGAAAGAGGGGAACUGGACAGGUCCUUUUCUCUCAGUCAUAAUGUGGAUGAAGGUCGCUAUGAGGGAACUGAGGACACCAGCUCAGUCAGUUUAGUGAUUAUCGGUGUUGAUGAGUCUGAUUUGGGUCUGUAUUACUGCGGAGGACGAAAUGAAACCACACUCAUUCAGUUUGGAAGAGCCAUCAGACUGACAUUUGGAGAUCGGGAUUUUCAGAAUAACAGCUCUUCAGCACAGUCAGAUUCUGAUCCUCCUCCAGAUCCUGCACUUUACUGGAUCCUCAUUAUAGUCCUGAUGUCUGUUUGUUUCAUCUCUGUCCUGAUGAAUCUCAUAUUCUCAUGGUUGUUCUGCUGCAGGGUGAAAGGAAAGUGCAGCAGUGAUGCCAACGCUGAUGACUCCAUCGAAAAGGACGUGGACCUACAGUACGCCAGUCUCCAACACAUUGCAGUGACCAGAGGAGCUGCUCAAAGAAACACAGUGUCUGAUCCUGACAGUGUGACCUAUUCAGGAAUCAUCUCACGGCCCACUGGACAGCGUGAGGCUUCUCUAAAUAAACACAAACAAAAUAAACACAAGUAAACAGAAAGGUAUCUGAUUUCAGAUGAGAUGUUCAGAAAGUUCUUGUGAAUCACCCACAACCCAGGACACAUGAACUGGACUGUUGUAAAGUGGAAGAGAAUGGACAAAACGCCUAGCACUGACCUGUUCAGAGCAUAUAACGAACAUAAAGAGUAUAUAAAGGAUAGUGCAAUACUCUGGUAUGGAGAAACAU